AAGAAGAGUAUGUAAAUGGUGAACUAUAAAAAAGAAAUAAGGUAGAAACAGAAGUUCUGCGAAAAGAUGCAACGUGAAUUAACGAAAUGUUUGAUCUUCAUGAUACUUCUUGCCUCUUGGACUAUAGAAGCCAAGCGUUCUGCAAAACUCCUGGUGGCAAGGAACAGAGCGAUGCUGCGUAGAAUAGGAGCUGCACGCGAGGAUUUCAAACCAAAAAUAUGCUACGACCUCGUUGGUUGUUUCGCUGAUCCACCACCCCGUUUGACGCUAAAACGGCCGCCACAGCAUCCUAGCGAGAUCCAAACCAGAUUCUUCUUGUACACUCGGGAAAAGAGGGAAUCCCCUGAGACUCUCCAGUAUGAUGAAAACUUCAAGUCCAAUCUGCAAUCGCGAUUUAACGCAAAAAAGCCUCUGAAAGUCUCCAUACAUGGCUACAAGGGCAGUGGGAGCGAUGUUGGGUCGCUUCUUCUGGUACGAGCUCUGCUGGAUUUGGAAGAUGUAAACGUACUGGUACUCGACUGGACAAGAGGCGCAGCGACAACGUACUCGGCAGCAGUGGCAAACACCGAACUAGUAGGUCGACAAUUGGGCUUGGUCCUUCUGAAUAUGAUAGACUUGGGCGCUUCUCCUGAGAAGAUUCACGUGAUUGGCUUUAGUCUUGGUGCUCACGUUGCUGGUUGCGCUUCCGAGGUUCUGAAAAAGAGAAACCUUCUUUUAGGCCGCAUAACAGGCCUGGAUCCUGCGUCUCCCUUUUUCAGGAAUCAUUUGUUUAGGGAGAAGUCUAGGAAACUGGAUGCCACCGACGCUCAGCUUGUAGAUGUGAUUCACACAGAUGGCUCUGAGGACUUCGCUGACGGCUUUGGACUCUUGAAACCCCUUGGCCAUAUCGAUUUCUUUCCCAAUGGUGGCAGAGAGCAACCUGGUUGCACCGAUGUGAGGAACUCUGUUGUUGUCAGCCAUUUGAACGAGGAUAGCCUAACCAAGGAGAUCGCUUGCAGCCACCUGAGAGCCUGGAAACUUUUCCUGGAGAGUGUUCGUACGGAUAACCAGUCUUGUAAACUCACUGCCUGGCCCUGUCCUCAAGGAAGAGGUUCUUAUUCUAAUGGGAUGUGUUUUCCUAUGGAAUCUACAUUUUGGUUUCAAGAAAUGGGCUACAGGGCUAAUUAUGGCUCUUUAGGGAUUUACUAUUUGCCAACGAGAGGAGAAGAACCAUUCUGCGGUCAGCCUCUCAGGGCAUCGGUGACCAUCUCUGACGAAGUUACAAAAACGUCAGGAAUAUUGUUUUUGAAGAUAAUAGAACACGAUUCACCGACAACGUUUAAGAUCCGAUGCGGAUUAUCGAAUCAAGGGAACAAACGGACAACCUUCUACAACAUAGCGGCAUUAAAAUUCCAAUCAUUGCCUGAUAAUCAAGCGAUGAUAAAAGCACGUGUGUGGUAUCAAACUCUCGAAAAUGAUGCAGAUAAAGUCAUAAGUAAAGAUUCUUACUCGGAUACAUUGUUGAUAAACAAAUUCGCUAUCGAAGACAGAAGAGGCAACAGGUGGGAAUAUUGUACUCUAAACGAUGCUGUGAAUUCCGAGGAAAAGACGGUGAGUUUGCAACGAGGGCAUUGCAAAUUUCCAUAAAGUAAUCGUUGUUUAAUGAAUAGAAAAAUAUCUCAGUAAAUUGUUUAUUCUUCUAUCUUAAUUCUUACAUUUAAAGAAAAUAAAAUUACAUGGCAUAAAAUGGAUAGAUAUUUCAUUUAUGUUAAGCGACAAAUACUUAAGACAAUUUCGUUACAAUUUUGUUAAAAAUAACUGUACAACGAUUUGUAAGUAAAAAAAAGGACUUGUAGUCUCAGUUUACUUCCAAACGUAUGCAAUUUAAUAGUUUCAGAAUAAUACAGUUAGGUAUAAUUGCGAUUACGAUUACAAUCAAAUGUUUCAGAGUUGCGACUACGAUCUUGAUUACGAUUACACCGAUAAUCACAAAUUGAUUACGAUU